AUAUCAGCGGCACGCAGACACAGUUUAUAAUAAAUAAAUAAUAAAAAUGAACGUGCAGUGUUUCUCAAUUAGUUUGAAUAAUUUUUAAUCGCGAAGAAACGCGCGGUUAAUAAUGGAGCAGUCGAUAAGUGAAGUAUUUCGACUGGCGUCAUUUGCUCCAAACUAAAAAGGCGAAAGGCACUCUGGAGUCGAAAUAAAAAAAAAAUGGUUCGAAGUCGACGGUACGGCAACGAUACGCUAGACGUAUUGAACAAAGGAUGCUUCAACCAAUACGACAGUUUGGCCUGCGGCCGAAUCAGUAUUUUGGUUCUGCUCAGUGCGAUCACCUUUUUUCUGAUCUUACUCAAGAUCAUAAAAUAUCACCGGUACCGGCAUUCACAGAUGCACCACUAUGCCAUAUUUUACGUAUCUGCCAUUCAAUCUAUCCUCUGUGGAGCGAGCUUUCUCUUCGGAGUUCGCUAUCCGCAGUUGGAUUUCACGAGCAACUUCUUGAAGCUUUUGCAGUUUAUUUUAAUCUGCCAUCUGCACUGGUCGCUGGCAGCCAGAUCUCGUCACAGAGAUGACAUCGUCCAGCAUGUGGUCAAUCCCGUUUUAUGUUUGUACACCCUCUACUGCACCACAGUUGUACUCAUGGGUAUGGUUGAUAUCAACGGAACCUGGACCGAAUGUUUUCGACCUUACUGGUUGAUGCUUUCGAGUGCAGAUUUCAUAGCAGUGCAACUGUUUGCUGUGGUCGCUCUUUAUUUAACUCACAGUAGCCGGCAAAUGGCAAUUUCGGCUCUAAUGUUGCCAUCGACAUCAUCGCAAACUCGCGAUCUUUGGCUCGUAACUGCAGUCUACGAACUCUCGGCCACAGUUUCUGUCGUUUUCGAUGCCGGAAUGACUCUCGUGGGAAGGGAAGAGCAUGGUUGCAGUGGAAUUUACGACCAUGUGCAACUUUAUUAUAGUUCAGCGACCGUCGUCAUCACAAUUCUCAAAUUCUUCGUGCCAACCUGGACUCUUCUCUGUGUUUUUCAACCCAGUAGAGUCAAGUCGAGACCCUCUGAAGUCGCCCUCACCUCCCAUUAUAAUACGGACGGUUCGUGUUACAACCAGUACCACCGAAUGUUUGGCCCACCAAAUGGAAUGCUUUCCGCCUCCAUUCCCUACCCCUCAAUGCCCUAUCCCGUCGAAUCCCCAAUUUUCGGCAGUUAUGGCGACUUUUCCUACACUGACAGUUCCCCCGAUGCGUCGCCAUCUAUCGCCCGAUGCUGGACCGGCAUCGAGGACGAAUCCUCCAACGGAUACGAGAAACACUUUCUCAAUAUCGACCAGAAAAAGGAGGAGAGUCGAUGCAGAGUCGAGCAAACUCGACAAAAUCUCGAGAAGAGUCUUGGCAUCGAUUUAGAAAACGAAGACGACAAAACCGUCCUGCGAAACACGCGAAAUCUCACGACAAUUUGCGAGGAAGGUGGAAAUAACACCGACAGUCAGGAAUGAAUGCUCAAUUCAUCUAAGUCAUUUUAAAGUCGUUCAAGUUCCCGCCGCUUUUAUCGAAUUUUUCUGUUUAGAUAUUUGUUUGUUUCUUUUUGUUUUUUGUUUUUUACUUGAAAAAAAGGGGCUCGUAAUGCUUAAAGUGUAGAAAAGGCAUUUUGGAAUUUGAAUUUCGCGCCAGAAUUUUUGAAGAGCCACGCUUAAAACAUAACCUCUGAUUUGAUAUAAUUUUGGCGCGAAAUUUGAAUUUUUUAGAUUUUCUUUUAUCGCCUUAACACUUUUGACCUGUAUUUUUUUUUAAAGAAAUCUAUAAUAAUAUAUUUUUAGCCUUUUCAGGUGGAUUCUAUAUCUGGAUUAUACAUAGAUAGUUGAAAAAAUAAUUUUUUUAAUUGAUUAUAUCGGUUUUAUAAUUGAUUUUUAUAGAUUUUCGACAUUAUUAUUAAUUAAGGUACAUUUUAGUGAUUCUAGGUUUUUUACUAUGUUGAUAAUAAUUAUUUUUUAUUCUACCAGGUUGUUUAUCUAAACAUUAACAAUACAAAAUUUAUAACUAAAAGUUUUUUGCAAAAUGUACAAAAAAAAUGUAUAUUUCAAAAAGUGUAAAUUUAACU